AUGCAGUCGCCGCACUUCGACGUCAGUUCUUAUCAUGGCGCGGUGUAUGGUUCUGCUCCAGUGUAUGAAACCAGCGGAUUUAGACUUCAUCAUUCAAGUUAUACGGCAGAUUCAGACUCUACCUGUUACGCCGGUUAUACAUCUCCAGGUGUUCAUGCGGUACAGAACUAUGGCUGCCGAGAUCCAGGCGCUUACACCGAAGCGGCGUCAUUUUACUACGCAUCUGGCGGGGCUGCCAGUUUUGACAAUUCCAACUCUUACAAAAUCCAAAAUGGCCAGAUGGGUGUAUCGGAGUGCGAGAAUGUUGCAGCCACAAACGUGCAAGAAGAUAACUUUCUUUUGAAGCCACACGAAUCACUUGCGUUGAAUCAUCUUCAAAGUGCAUACAGCAAUAACAGUAUCCACAACAGCAAUAAUAACAACAACUGCAUCAAUAUCCACGAAGCUCAAAUUCACCAGGCUCAUAAUUAUCAGCUGUCUACAAAUCAUCAUCAUAAACAGCACAGAUCAUAUGACAUCCCCGACAAUAUUGUAGUCAGUAGACUCACCCCGAAUGUUUCUGAUAUUUUUGGACAAAGAACAUUGAAACUGGAAUCUUUAAAGAGAGAACAUUCCCCAUUAGACGAACAACAGAAUACCCCACCUGCUUCUACAUCAACCGCCAUUUCAAUAAACAUUGAACAAGGAAAUAAACAAUACGCCACAAGCGACAAAAUGAAUUCCACAAGAUCGGACAUUUCAGAAGUUACAUUAUCUAAAUGCUCAUCCGAAACAUUUCUAGGUAAAGACACUAUCAGUGAGAAAAAGGAAGAAGAAUCCGGAGACAACAAACCGACAAUGUCUUACAUUGCUCUUAUAGCAAAGGCUAUUCUAGAGUCCGAACAUAAACGAUUGAACCUAGGGUCAAUUUAUAACUGGAUAGAAACUCAUUAUCCUUUUUACAAGAAUAAAGGACAGGGUUGGAGAAACAGUGUGCGGCAUAAUCUGAGUCUCAAUGAUUGUUUCAUCAAGGCUGGUCGGUGCGAAGACGGCAAAGGAAACUACUGGGCUAUCCACCCUGCCAACAUUCAGGAUUUCAUGCGUGGUGAUUUUCGGCAGAGAAGGCGAUCCAGAAGACGAGGAAGGAAGAAGGACUGUGACGUAAGCAUGUAUCCAGGCUCUAACGGAUAUUUACAGUCUCAUGGAUCGUCCUUGACCCCAGGUGUGACAUUUAACCAAGCGGCAUUGAGUUCUAUAUAUUCACCCUACACAGAAGCCGAGAGGAGAGCAUACAGACUGGAUGAAGCCCUUUUGAGGCAGAGCGUCAGCAACCCAUUUGUUAAGUGGUACCAACAAGGCGUCUCUACCCCCGGUUAUGGUGUACCCGCAUCUCCUCACUCUUGCAGUGCCGGAAUCUACGCAAACUCGGGAGCAUUACAAUGGCCGCAGACCUAUUCGGAUACCAGCUCUCAGUCCAUGUACCCAACUCUCAGUUCGUCAUUUUCUAGAUAG